AUGCAUUUUAACACUAUAAUAUUCACUGUUUUGGCUUUAUUAAACUUAAUCUCUGCUAGAUUUCAUGUUCUUUCACCAUUAGUAGAUAGUGUUUGGACAUAUGGAGGAAAACAUACUGUAGAAUGGAGAGUCAAAGAUCCAGAUCAUUAUGGGUAUUCGUCUGUCAGCGUUUUUCUCGUAUGCUUGCAUGAUAGGUCUACUCGUGUAGUCUUUGAUAUAGCAAGUAAUCUCAGCGUUUCUUCUUCUUCAUAUGAAUUCCGUGUUCCACAAGUUUCUGAUUGUGAACACUAUUUAGUUAAAUUUGUUGCUGGCAAUAGUUGUGGUGUAAAUAGUGCCUUUUUCUCUUCUUCAUUUUUUAUUACACAUGAUGGGAAACCUCAUAAAACACUUCUUACACUAUGCGAUACAGAUAAAACAGUGCCUCCGAAGGAAAAACCAGCUACGGAAUCAAAACCAAAACCGACUAAGCCUGCUGAAACAAAAACUCAAACGAGUAGUUCAUCCAAACUUCCACCGCCAUCCAGUCAGCAAGGGCCCGUGCCAUCAGAUGGUUCUCAAACAUUUACAGUUCCUAAACCUACUCCUACAGCCACUCAAGAACCUAAGAAACCAGAUACACCUUCAACUAAACCAAAAGAUUCUUCCAGUCCAUCUGCAGGUAAAGACAAGAAACCAGAUGAUAUUGAAAACAAUGGUUCUAUUAUUACUUACAAAUUCUUUGGAAUUAUUCUUGGGACUAUUGUCGCAUUCAUUUGUUCAUAA